AUGACAAGUGCAGAGAUAGAGGUGAGGUUAGACAGUUUAAGAUCGUAUUGGAAACAAUUUGAAGAUGCACAAACCAAAAUUGAACUAGCCACUGAAGAUGAAGAACAAGAUGAUCUAGCCUCGUACAGAAGUGAGACAGAAGAAAUGUACAUUGUUUUAGAAGCAGUAUUGAGAAAUGAAAAGACACGACACAAUAAUACAGAGCCUACAGCAGCAAAUCCACAUAACAAGGAACCAAGCACAACAUCAAACAUUAGUUUUGUUCCAUACGACGAAGAGGAAUCUUUUAGGAAUUUCAUUAAAAGAUUUGAAAAUUUUCUGGUACUUAAAGAUGUAAAUGAAGAGAAAACAAAGCUUUGUAGUUUACUACAUGCACUUUCACCUAAACUACAUGAACGGCUUCUAGACAUAGUUGCCCCUGAUGACCCUUACAAGAUGAACUAUGAAAAUGUUGUUACUGUUUUAAAAGACCAUUUGGAACCAUUACCAAGUGUAUUAACAUUACAACAUCGCUUUGUGUGUAGAGUACAACAACCGAAUGAGUCAAUCAUCGAAUUCGCUAUGGAAUUGAAGAAACUGUCUAAAGAUUGUCAGUUUAACUGUGAUUGUGGAAAGUCAGUAACUGAUAUGUUAUUACGCAUGCAAUUGGUAAGAGGACUUCACGACCAUGAUAUUAAAGGACAACUUUUACAGAAGAAAAUUGUAACUACUUUUAAGGAAGCACUUGAACUUGCAACAUCACUGGAAGCUUCGAGAACUGAAAGCAGCAUGAUGACUGCUCACACAGCACCACCAGCAGUUCCAGUGCUCAAGGUUGUAGAGAAUCAGACAAGAAAAUGGGACAGAUACUCUGGGAAUAAGAACGCUGUACAGGCAACAAACAAAGACCAAUAUUCUCCUUCCCGUUCAAAGUUUUCAGGUCUACAAGGACGGUGUUAUCGGUGUGGAGAUAAAGACCAUAGAGCAAAUACAUGUAAGUUUAGAAAUGAAUUUUGCAAUUUAUGUAACAAAGUAGGGCAUAUUGCAAAGGUAUGUAUGGGAGGACCAAGAAAACAACGAAUUGACCAACUAGAGGACAGAGAGAUUGAAAAACAGUUAGAUCAUACUACCUACGAUUCUUAUAAACUUCAAGUAAAUAACAGUGAUAAGUUCAUUAUGAAAAUAGAAAUUGAAGGAAAACCAUUAUCUAUGGAACUUGAUACAGGAGCAGCGCUAUCUUCAAUCUCAUUUGAGGACUAUAAGAGAUUAGAUAUCAAUAAAAGAAUGUUCAAAUCACAUGUACAGCUUCGCACAUAUACAGGUGAAAUCAUACAAACUAAGGGCGUAGUAUAUGUUAGGUUUCAGUACAAAGAAAAGAUUUACUUCGGAAAACUAUUUAUUAUCGACCAAGAUGUUGAACCAAUAUUUGGUAGAGACUGGAUAAGAGAAGUCAAUUUAGAAAUUGGUGAUAUUAGAAUGUUGAAUCAAAACUCAUCUGAGUUGACACAAGUUCUUGACAGUUAUUCAGAUAUAUUCAGUAAGGAAAUUGGUUGCAUUCCAAAUGAAAAAGGACACCUGAAUCUAAAAGAAGACUGUGGUCCAAUAUUUGUGAAGCCGAGGCAAGUGCCCUAUGCUAUUAAACAAAAGGUGGAAGAAGAACUCGAUCGACUGGAAAAAGCUGGUAUUAUUACAAAGAUUGAAAACUCAGAAUGGGGUACGCCAAUUGUGCCAGUAGUAAAACCUAAUGGUUCGGUACGAAUAUGUGCAGAUUACAAGACUACGUUGAAUAAAGUUAUCCGUGAUGAGAAGUAUCCAAUACAAAGAAUUGAGGACAUCUUUGCAGAGAUGAAUGGAGGUAAAUUUUUCUGCACACUCGAUGUUAGUAAUGCUUACUUACACAUGCCAAUGGACUCUGAAAGUGCUCUGCUACAAACAAUAAGCACUCAGAAAGGUUUGUAUAAAGUAAACAGGUUGAUGUUUGGAGUGAAAGUAGCACCAGCACUGUGGCAAAGAUUCAUGGAUAAGGUACUGCAAGGGACUGAUGGAGUUAAGUGCUUUUUCGAUGAUAUAAUCAUUCAAGGUACAGAUUACAAGAGUACACUAGAGAGAUUAAAAACUGUCCUAGAAAAACUUAGAGCGCAUAACUUGAAAUUAAAUUUUGACAAAUGUAAAUUCUUUCAACAAAGAAUAACAUACUUGGGACAUACAAUUGAUGAAAACGGGCUGAAGAAAAACUCAGAAAAGGUCAAAGCAAUUAUCGAGGCAGAAAAACCUAGAAAUGUGAAUCAACUACGAUCUUUCAUUGGCAUGGCCAAUUACUACAACAAAUUCAUACCAAGACUGGCCGAAAAGCUAUAUCCAUUGAAUAAGUUACUACAGAAAGGACAGCGAUUUGAAUGGUCACAAGAAUGUGAAAACAGCUUUAUCAAUGUUAAAAAGCACAUAGCCAAUGACAACACUCUAGCACACUACAAUCCAAAACUUCCUCUAAUACUCUCAACUGACGCAUCUCCUUAUGGAUUGGGAGCAGUAAUUUCCCAUAAGUUUCCUGAUGGGUCGGAACAACCCAUAGCUUUUGCUUCCCGAUCUUUAUCAAAAAGUGAAAAACAGUACAGUCAAAUAGACAAAGAAGCUACAGCAAUUUACUGGGGGGUAAAGAAAUUCUUUGCUUAUUGCUAUGGACGAAAGUUUGUUCUUCAGACGGACCACAAACCUCUUGUUUCCAUAUUCCAUCCAUCAAAAUGCUUACCGGCAAUGUCAGCUACUCGUUUAUUGAACUACUCACUUUUCCUUGCUGGGUUUGAUUAUACAAUUGAGUAUAGAAGAACUUCAGACCACUGUAACGCAGAUUUCUUGUCUCGUUUUCCAGUUGAACAAACUCAAGAUGAUGAAGACUUGUAUUCCAAAUUCCAAAUGAAUCAAAUAGCAAUUCUUCCUCUCACACAAUGUACACUUGCAGAGCAUACAAAGAAAGACUCUGUACUAGCUACAAUAGUUACAGCACUAGAAAAUGGAGAAAAUCUGGAAAAGGUUGGUUUCCGAAAUAAUGAUUUAAGUUUACAUAAAGGUUGCAUCUUUAGAGGUAGUCGAGUUGUAAUACCUAACACAUUGCAGAAAGAAGUUCUCAAGGAACUACACAUUGGGCAUUUAGGCAUGUCGAAAAUGAAGGCCAUGGCGCGAAGUUAUGUAUAUUGGAAAAACUUGGAUAAUGAUAUUGAAAACUUGGUUAAUAACUGUGACAAAUGCAAACAGAAAAGAAAUGAACCAUCUAAAUUAAACCAUCACCCUUGGGAAGAACCUACAGCUCCCUGGCAUCGCUCACAUUUGGAUUUUUGUGGACCCGUAAAUGGAAAUUAUUUCUUCAUAAUUAUAGACGCCCAUACAAAAUGGUUGGAGGUUAUACAUACAAAAAACACUUCUUCAGACUGGUGCAUUCGAAAUUUAAGUCACUUAUUUCCAACUUUUGGACUGCCAGUUAUGAUAGUAACAGACAACGGCUCCCAAUUUACGAGUGCACUUUUUCAAAGGUUUCUAAGCAAUAAUGGAAUUUGCCAUAGGACUUGUGCACCUUUUCACCCAUCAAGCAAUGGCCAAGCUGAACGAUUUGUCCAAACUGUUAAGAAAUCAUUGGCUGCCAUGAGUGAAGACAAGGGAGACUUGCAGCAUAAAAUAGAUCUUCUCGUAACUCAGCUACGCAAAGCUCCAAACUCUACAGGACUCUCCGCUUAUGUGUUAAUGUUUGGCAGAGACAUAAGAACGAAACUUAACGUGAUGGCAGAUAAAGUUGAAUGGAAUAAAAAGACUAUGUCGGAACACAAGCUGAAAAGAAAUUUUCAGGUGGGACAGAGAGUACUGGUAAGAAAUUAUUCCUCAAAAGUAAAGUGGAAGGAAGGGAAAAUAAUUUCAAGAACAGGAAAUGUUAUGUUUAAAGUCAAGACAGACACUGGACUCACUUGGACUCGUCACUCAGACCAAAUACUUCCCUUACACUAA